AUGUCGGGCGAAGGCGACACGAUAUACGCGCGAGCAACAGCGGAGCGGAUGACGCGCCCGAAGGCGGCGACGAUUGGGUACUAUGACCUGGAGAAGAAUGUUGGGGAGGGGAAUUUCGCGAAAGUGAGACUGGCGACUCAUACGUUGACGGGGGAGAAGGUCGCCGUGAAGAUCAUCGACAAAUCCAAACUUGACAAGACCACGUCCAAAAAGCUCUUCCGCGAGGUGCGCAUCAUGAAACUGCUCAACCACCCUCACAUCGUCCGUCUCUACGAGGUCAUCGACACGCCCAAAGAGCUGUACCUCAUCAUGGAGUACGCGUCCGGCGGCGAGAUCUUCGACUACCUCGUCGCGCACGGGCGGAUGAAGGAAAAGGAAGCGCGCCGGCAUUUCCGCCAGAUCGUCGGCGCGAUCGACUACUGCCACUCGCUGCACGUCAUCCACCGCGAUCUGAAGGCCGAGAAUCUGCUGCUGGAUGGGAACAUGAAUGUCAAGAUUGCGGAUUUUGGGUUCUCGAAUCAGUUUUCGCCGGGGCAGAGACUCAACACGUGGUGUGGAUCGCCCCCGUAUGCGGCCCCGGAGUUGUUCCAGGGGAAGGAGUAUAGUGGGCCUGAGGUCGAUAUUUGGUCGCUGGGGGUUGUGCUGUAUGUGCUUGUUUGUGGUGCGCUCCCCUUUGAUGGAUCGACUUUGGCAAAGUUGAGGGCGAGGGUACUCGCUGGGAAAUUCAAGGUGCCGUUUUAUAUGUCUACCGAUUGCGAACGUUUGAUCAAGCGAAUGCUCCAGCUCGACCCAUCAAAGCGCAUCACACUGGAACAGUUGAAAGACGAUAAAUGGUUCACAGAGGGGCAUGAAAACGAGCCAACCCCGCAGGUCCCAAAACCCGAGCCGCUUACCCAGGAACAAGCUUCCCGCGUCCUAGAGGAGCUAGAAGAGAUUGGCCUCGACCGCGCCGCCGUGCGCAAAUCCGUUGACGAGGGGGUUUACGACCAUCUGGCGGCUACUUACUUCCUCAUUGCUGAUAAGUUGUUCAGG